AUGGAUCAACAUCAAAGUCAAGAUUCAGAUGAACUUGCUCAGAAGGAUUGUAAACUAGACGAUAUUGCUAAUGAUAAUGAUAAUACUAACACAAAAAUUGUACCGAGAGGGAUACACAGAUCGAUAUCACCGCCUCCAUUGCGAAGACGUAGGAUGGAAAGUCCCAAGCCGGCGAUGCUUGAGAAGAAAGAAGCAAAUCCUAACCAGAACCAGAGAGAAGUCAAUCGAAAGCCGGAUCAAUUGUUCAAGCAAGGUUUGAUAAAUGGCAAAAAUCUAAUGCUAGAACAUUCAAAGCAAGAGGUGGUGAAGUCGCCAUUCCAGCUUACAACGAUUCGAGAUCUACCCGCUUCAUCCAAUGUGGACGCUGUAUCUCUAAAAGAUAUUCUUGGUGAUCCCUUGAUAUCAGAAUGUUGGGAGUUCAAUUACCUACAUAACCUUGACUUUCUCAUGGAACAAUUUGAUGAGGAUGUACGGAAUCUCGUCAGGGUUAAUGUGAUUCAUGGUUUUUGGAAACGGGAGGAUCAGUCCAGACUUAAUCUCACGGAACAAGCUUCGAAAUAUCCUAAUAUCAAGCUUCUCACAGCUUAUAUGCCUGAGAUGUUCGGUACCCAUCAUUCCAAGAUGCUCAUUCUUUUCCGACACGAUUCUACAGCUCAAAUUAUCAUUCAUACAGCCAACAUGAUACCAUUUGACUGGACAAACAUGACCCAAGCUCUAUGGAAAUCUCCUCAUCUUCCUCUUUUCGACCUCAAUAGGCCAGCAUCAAUUGAACCCACCAAAUUAGGCUCCGGUUCAAAAUUUAAGUUAGAUCUUCUCAACUACCUACGAGCUUAUGAUACCAAAAGAAUCAUUUGCAAACCAUUAGUCGAACAAUUGCUCAAAUACGAUUUCUCUGAAAUCAAAGCAGCUUUGAUAGGCAGCGUCCCAGGCAAACAAGGAAUCGAGCAAUCUCCAUCACAAACCGCGUGGGGUUGGGCCGGCCUCACCAACGCCCUUAAAUCUGUCCCAUGCUAUCAAAACACCCAACCAGAAAUCGUGAUUCAGAUUUCCUCCAUAGCAUCUCUGGAUCCAACAGAUAAAUGGCUAACACACUUUUUCAAAGCCCUCAACGCAUCCAAAUCUCCGAGGAAAACCAAUUCAAAACUCAAAAUUAUUUUCCCAACUGCAGAUGAGGUUCGAAGGAGUAUAAAUGGUUACGCAUCUGGCAAUGCUAUUCAUACCAAGAUCCUCACACCAGCUCAAGGAAAACAAUUAGCAUAUCUAGAACCGAUGCUUUGUCAUUGGGCUGGCGAUGGCGCUCAACAUUCUUCUUCAUCGUCAAUGCCCUCCAACUCCCCAUCCCAAACCUCUCAAUCCUCCACUCCCCCAGAACUAAAAAUUCAAGAAGCAUACCGCAAACGCGCAGCUCCUCACAUAAAAACCUACAUCCGUUUCAGUUCAGAUACGAGUUCAAAUUCCUCAUCUCAAAAAUCAAUAGAUUGGAUGCUCGUAACUUCAGCCAACCUCUCAAAGCAAGCAUGGGGCGAACCGGUCAAUUCAGCUGGCGAGGUUCGAAUCUGUAGUUACGAGAUCGGAGUGCUGGUUUGGCCUGACUUAUGGGAGGAAAAGCAGAAUGGGAAGAAGGUUAAGAUGGUACCUUGUUUUGGGAGUGAUACACCUUCUACAUCUUCUUCUUUGGAACUAGUCAAUGAACAAGAGAAAGUCACUAAUGGAGGAGAAGCAAUUGGAAAGAGGAAAAGAGAUGAUGAAGGAGAGGAGAAGGGAGAUGAAGAAAGCAACACGAUAAUAGUCGGUGCACGCAUGCCCUACGAUCUCCCUCUAGUCCCAUACGGCAAAGACGAUACCCCAUGGUGUGCGAGUGCAUCAUAUAGCGAACCGGAUUGGAUGGGAAAUACGUGGAAGACAUGA